AUGUCACUGGAAUCUUUUAAACAUUUCGCAUCUAAUGAACAGAGAUAUGAAAGACAAUCAAAUCAUGGACUAAGAAAAGGUGUUCCAAUACGUCAUAUUCCUAAUCAUUUGAUGGUACAUGUAUCAGUGUCGACAAAUCAAUUAUAUACUACUUUGGUGGUAACAUCGAUUUGUUUUGAUGCAUCUACUAUCAAGAAAGUUGUAAUUCAAAAUCCAAAUAUCAUUUCACCGAAAACAGGAGUAUGUUCAACAUCUCUCAGUAUAUCAGUUGAAAGUAGUUUCUUGAUAAACUAUUCAGAUUUCACAAUUGAAUCUUCUGUAUCUGCUACUAUUGUUCAGAAAUUAGAUGCCUACCGAAAUGGAGAUAGUCAAAUGUUUGUUUUCCAACUGAACUUGAUCAACAUUACAGAAGGUGAUUACAAUGCAACAGUACGCCUAUCAAGAGCAGCCACCUCAAAUUUCCCAAAUGAAACAUUCCUUAUAUUUCCAAUUCAAUGUAAAGAAUUCUCAUUAAAUCAAUUUAGUAUUGUUUCUCAAGGAGUACCAACUUAUGAUGAAUAUAAUGGCAUUGUACAAACGUUACAAUUCAAUUUCGAUACCUUUUUCUAUUCAACAUUCUCUGAUUUCUUCUAUGACAUCGGUUGUAAUACAAAUCCAACUUUCUUAUGUAGAAUAAGAAGAUGGGUAAACAGAGAUAUUAAUUCUUAUUUUUUGAUUCUUACAAUGAUCCAAAACCAAGUUUUUGAAGAUGAUACGAUCAAUGUUCAAAUUACAUUAGCCACUGCAAAUUCAUCUUUCAAUAUUACAGUUCCUAAUCUUUAUCCUCACGGAUCAAGAACAUCAGUUCUUCAAUCUUUUCAAACAUACCCAGCACCUGGUGGAAGUUAUAUUCAGAGUCAACUUUUAGAAACAUUACCAGCUUACUUUUUUAUGUCAUUUACCAACUUUAAUUCAAGAUUAUAUGGCAACUUACGUACUCUUAGAGUAUUUAAUAAUGAAACUUUAACAAUAUAUACUGGUUUCCUAUCAAUUCAAUCUACAAUACCGACUCUUCCUAUUUAUAUAGUUGACAAUGUGUCAUCCAUUCUUAAUGAUACGUAUAUUUAUUCAUUCACACAAUUUGCUUUGGCUCCUGGUAUCGCUUUCAAUUCAAGUGGAUGGAUUUUAGAUUCAACAACAAACACUAGCUUUAUGACGUUUAACUAUAGCUCAACAUAUCUAUUUAAUUUUCAGAGUUCUAUCAAAUUUGAUACGAAUACCUUAUCUUUCAGCAAUUGGAGUCCAUACAGCAUUAUAAAUGGAAAAUAUACAUAUCAGUUGGAAACACCUUUCAUUCGAUCAACAACAUCUGAUACCUCAUUCUUUGGUUCGUUGGAUUUACGUUCUGGGACAACUACAAGUAUAGUUACAAAACCGAGCAACCAAAAUCCGCAAUUGUAUGCGAUGGAUUUAAUUGAUUUCAAGAUUGUUUCUGUAUUUACUAUUUUGGUUAGAAUAAAGAUUUUAUCAAACUGUCCAAUUACGAAUAUAAAUUUGUUGGGCAAAAUAAUUACCACAAGCAACCUCAUCGAUGGAGAUCAAUACAAUGGUACAUAUGAAAUGGAGAUAUUCCCUUUUUCGCUCAAAGAAUUUCCUGUAACGAUAUUCAAUACAAACUAUAAAGGUAUCACUUUCUAUUCAGCAUUACCUUAUAAUAAGAGAGGUGAUAUUCUUCCAGAAAUUCCAGUAUACAAAAAUUUAUUAUUGUGGUUAAUUACAUUUAUUCUAACCAAUAUCAAAUUAGACUCAAAUAUAUACACGAAUAUAACAUACUUUGAAUUCAUUCCAAACAAUAUCGAUUUGACAACAAGUGCAUUGGAUAUUAAAUUGUAUUUGAACUUCUCGAUUCCAUUGGAGAACUUGACACCAUCCAUUAGUUUUACUUCUUUAUCAGGACCCAGAAUAUAUUGGAAAGGAUCUUAUAACACGAGUUUACAAUUGUUUGAAAUUGAUAUUCAAUUACAGAGAGAUAUGAUGAUGGGAUCACAACAAUAUCAAAUGGAUUUCAAUCAAAUGUUUUCAAACAAUAUUCAAGACUAUAUAUUACAAUCGGUUAUUGGUCAAAAUGCAACAUUGAAUAUAUCUAAAUCAAAUGGAGGAAUAUAUUUAUCACCACAAAUUACAGAUAUAAAUAGUUUAACAGCUCUCAAUUUAACAUUACUUCCAAACACAAGUUAUACUCUUGGAUGGGAUUUAAAUAUCACAGAUCCAUAUGGAUUCACAAAUGGAAGUCUUUAUGUUCUUUCAAAUUUCGAUUUACUUCCUUAUAUCAUUCUAUUCAACUCAUCCAACAGAAUAUCUGGUGGACCAACCGAUGGAGUCUAUCGAAUCAACUUUACAAUCAACAGCAAUACACUUUCACAAACAUUUAUAAUGUCAAAUAUCACACUUUUAAGUACAAUCGGAAAGUUACAGUUUCCAACACCACCUUUAAUGUUAAUAUAUGGAACUCCAAAAGAACAACAAUUAAGAUUAUCUGUCGUUUCUACAUCUGACCUUAAAGAUAUAGAAGCACCAAUUCUUUCAAAUUUAAUUAUUUCACCAAAUGUUGAUGUUGGAUCUCCAAUCAGAACGGUUGAAUUUAAUAUUAUGCUUUUUGAAAAUGUUACAGGAUCAGGUGUUUCAAUUCGACACACACCAUUCAUUCGUUUAACAUCAGAGAAUGCCAACUAUAUGGAAAUUAAUUCAAUUUUCAAGACAACAUCUGGUGAUGGAUAUUAUUACUUUUAUGGAAAAGCUCAACUUCCAUAUGGAUUUGGUUUGAAUAAUAUCUUUGUCAGUGUCUAUUCAAUUUAUGAUAAUUUCUUGAACAUGAGAGCUUAUAAUUCAAUGGAUUUAAAGGAUAUAGGCCUUCCAUACCUGAUUCAAAGAUCAUUUACAUUUAAUACACCAAUCAUCGAGAGUUCUUCAGAUCUUACCAGUCGAGGAGGUUCACUUACAAUCUAUGGACGUGCAUUCGGACUCACAAACAACUCCAUGCUUUCACAAAUCGAUUAUGGAAAUGGAUUUGAAGAUAUGAAUUUAAAUUUCCAUUCUGGAAUCAUUUUACAAUUCAACAACAUCAAACAAAUCACAACGGAUUUCGUGACAGUCAGAGUGAUCAGAAAUAAUAUAUUUUCAAAUCCAUUCAUUAUUCCAGUCAAGAAAGUUUCACUUCCAAAUCCAACAUCAACACCAACAUCAACAGCUCCACAAAAGUGUCCAGGUACACCAGAGUGUAAUAAUAAUGGAAAUUGUAUCAAUUCAAUUUGUCAAUGUCAAUUACCUUGGUAUGGUCCAUCAUGUUCUUCAAAGAUUAUAAUUGUUCCAACACCUCCUGCCAAUCCAGAACCAGUCACAGGAACCAAUAUUACAGAAUCAGGAUCAUUGAUUACAACAUCAAUUGAAAUCAUCGGUGUCAGAGAACUUGAUGAUACAAUGAACAUUGUCAAACAAUUCAACAUCAGCAAUUGGAAUUUCACAGAUUUAACAACACCAACAUCGAAUCCAAAGUAUUUCUAUUCAACACAACUCAAUCAAACAACAACAUUCCUCAAUGUUUCGAUUGAAUAUUUCAAACAAUCAACAAACAUCACAUUUGCCAAUCACAAUCUUUACAUUCCACAAUCAACAAUCAAGUUUACAAUGAACUUGAAUUCAUAUAAAUUCGAUAGUCCAUUGAAUUUCUUGCAGAUCUUGAUGAAAUCAUCGAUUGAAACAGAUUCAUCAGAUUCAUGUUCAUCAUCUGGAGUUGGUGUUUCUGGUGGAUCUGUUGAAUGGAUCAAAUUGAAUAUUGAUGAUCAAAGUCUUUAUGGUCGAUUCUUAUCUGAUGCAGUCAUCGAUUACACAGUAACACCAAUUCGGAAUGUAAUCAUUGACCAAGAUGACACCAAAUCAUCAAAUACCAAUCAAAUUCGAUCAGCAAUCGUUGGAAUCACCAUUCCAAAUUAUUUAUUCUCAGUCGAUUUGGAUCCUGACUUUUCAAAUCUCAUUGAUGUCGAUUCAAAUACAGAAGCAUCUACUAUCAAGAAAGCUGUAGUUCAAAAUCCAAAUAUCAUUUCACCAAAAACAGGAGUAUGUUCAACAGCUCUCGGUGUAUUGGUUGAAAGUAGUUUCUUGAUAGAAUAUGCAGAUUUCACAAUUGAACAUAGUGAAUCAACUACAAUAGUUCAAAAAUUAGUUGCCUACCGAAAUGGAGAUAGUCAAAUGUUUGUAUUCCAACUGAACUUGAUCAACAUUACAGAAGGUGAUUACAAUGCAACAGUACGCCUAUCAAGAGCAUCCACCCCAAAUUUCCCUAAUGAAACAUUCUUUAUAUUUCCAAUUCAAUGUAAAGCAUUAUUUUUCAAUCAAUUUAGUAUUGCUUCUCAAGGAGUACCAACUUAUGAUGAAAAUAAUGGCAUUGUACAAGCAAUUCAAUUCAAUUUCGAUACCUCUAUCUAUUUAACACUCUCUGAUUUCUUCUAUGAUAUUGUCUGUGUUACAAAUGGACCUUUCAACUGUGGAAUAAGUAAAUCGCUAGGCAGAUAUUUAAAUUCUUAUACAAUGACCAUUACAAUAAACCAAAACCAAGUUUUUGAAGAUGAUACGAUCAAUGUUCAAAUUUCAUUCCGCUCAUCAAAUUCAUCUUUCAAUAUUACAGUUCCUAAUCUUUAUCCUCACGAACCAAGAACAUCAGUUCUUCAAUCUUUUCAAACAUACCCAGCACCUGGUGGAAGUUAUAUUCAGAGUCAACUUUUAGAAUCAUUACCAGCUUACUUUUUUAUGUCAUUUACCAACUUUAAUUCAAGAUUAUAUGGUUCUUUCCUUCGUCCUAGAGUAUUUAAUAAUGAAACUUUAACGAUAUAUACUGGUUCCCUCUCAAUUCGAAAUACAAUAUCGACUCUUCCUAUUUAUAUAGUUGACAAUGUUUCAUCCAUUCUUAAUGAUACGUAUAAUUAUUCAUUCACACGAUUUGAAUUGACUUCUGGUAUUGCCUACGUUUCAAGAUAUUUGAAUUUAAGUUCAGGAACAAAUACUUCCUAUAUUUCAUUUACCUUUGAAUCAACAUAUCUAUUUAAUUUUCAGAGUACUCUCAGAUUCGGACCAAAUAGCUUAACUUUAAGCAAUUGGUGUCCAUACGGCAGUAUAAAUGGAAAAUAUAUAUAUAGAUUGGAAACACCUUUCAUUCAAUCAACAACAUCUGAUAUAUCAUUUUUGGUUUCGCUGGAUUCAAAUUAUCAGACAACUACGAGUAAAGUUCCAUAUAUAGCUUACCAAAAUCCACAAUAUUUGAUUGAUUUCAAGAUUGUUUCUGUAUUUACUGUUUUGGUUAGAAUAAAGAUUUUAUCAAACUAUGCAAUAACGACAAUCCAUAUUGGUGGAAAAAUAAUUACCUCAAACAACCUCAUCGAUGGAGAUCAAUAUAAUGGUACAUAUGAAAUAGAAAUCUUCCCUUUAGUGUUCAAGGAUUAUCCAGUAACGAUAUUGAGCACAAACUAUGAAACUUUCUAUUUAUUUUCAGCAUUACCAUAUAAUAAGAGAGGUGAUAUUCUUCCUGAUUAUCCAGUAUACCAAAAUUUAUGUAAUUUUACUUCUUUAUCAGGACCCAGAAUAUAUUGGAAAGGAUCUUAUAACACGAGUUUACAAUUGUUUGAAAUUGAUAUUCAAUUACAAAGAGAUAUGAUGAUGGGAUCACAACAAUAUCAAAUGGAUUUCAAUCAAAUGUUUUCAAACAAUAUUCAAGACUAUAUAUUACAAUCAGUUAUUGGUAAAAAUGCCACUUUAAACAUAUCUAAAUCAAGUGGAGGAAUAUAUUUAUCACCACAAAUUACAGAUAUAAAUAGUUUAACAGCUCUCAAUUUAACAUUACUUCCAAACACAAGUUAUACUCUUGGAUGGGAUUUAAAUAUCACAGAUCCAUAUGGAUUCACAAAUGGAAGUCUUUAUGUUCUUUCAAAUUUCGAUUUACUUCCUUAUAUCAUUCUAUUCAACUCAUCCAACAGAAUAUCUGGUGGACCAACCGAUGGAGUCUAUCGAAUCAACUUUACAAUCAACAGCAAUACACUUUCACAAACAUUUAUAAUGUCAAAUAUCACACUUUUAAGUACAAUCGGAAAGUUACAGUUUCCAACACCACCUCUCAUGUUAAUUUAUGGAACUCCAAAAGAACAACAAUUAAGAUUAUCUGUCGUUUCUACAUCUGACCUUAAAGAUAUAGAAGCACCAAUUCUUUCAAAUUUAAUUAUUUCACCAAAUGUUGAUGUUGGAUCUCCAAUCAGAACGGUUGAAUUUAAUAUUAUACUUUUUGAAAAUAUUACAGGAUCAGGUGUUUCAAUUCGACACACACCAUUCAUUCGUUUAACAUCAGAGAAUGCCAACUAUAUGGAAAUUAAUUCGAUUUUCAAGACAACAUCUGGUGAUGGAUAUUAUUACUUUUAUGGAAAAGCUCAACUUCCAUAUGGAUUUGGUUUUAACAAUAUCUUUGUCAGUGUCUAUUCAAUUUAUGAUAAUUUCUUGAACAUGAGAGCUUAUAAUUCAAUGGAUUUAAAGGAUAUAGGCCUUCCAUACAUGGUUCAAAGAUCAUUUACAUUUAAUACACCAAUCAUCGAGAGUUCUUCAGAUCUUACCAGUCGAGGAGGUUCACUUACAAUCUAUGGACGUGCAUUUGGACUCACAAACAACUCCAUGCUUUCACAAAUCGAUUAUGGAAAUGGAUUUGAAGAUAUGAAUUUAAAUUUCCAUUCUGGAAUCAUUUUACAAUUCAACAACAUCAAACAAAUCACAACGGAUUUCGUGACAGUCAGAGUGAUCAGAAAUAAUAUAUUUUCAAAUUCAUUCAUUAUUCCAGUCAAGAAAGUUUCACUUCCAAAUCCAACAUCAACACCAACAUCAACAGCUCCACAAAAAUGUCCAGGUACACCAGAGUGUAAUAAUAAUGGAAAUUGUAUCAAUUCAAUUUGUCAAUGUCAAUUACCUUGGUAUGGUCCAUCAUGUUCUUCAAAGAUUAUAAUUGUUCCAACACCUCCUGCCAAUCCAGAACCAGUCACAGGAACCAAUAUUACAGAAUCAGGAUCAUUGAUUACAACAUCAAUUGAAAUCAUCGGUGUCAGAGAACUUGAUGAUACAAUGAAUAUUGUCAAACAAUUCAACAUCAGCAAUUGGAAUUUCACAGAUUUAACAACACCAAUUUCGAAUCCAAAGUAUUUCUAUUCAACACAACUCAAACAAACAACAACAUUCCUCAAUGUUUCGAUUGAAUAUUUCAAACAAUCAACAAACAUCACAUUUGCCAAUCACAAUCUUUACAUUCCACAAUCAACAAUCAAGUUUACGAUGAACUUGAAUUCAUAUAAAUUCGAUAGUCCAUUGAAUUUCUUGCAGAUCUUGAUGAAAUCAUCGAUUGAAACAGAUUCAUCAGAUUCAUGUUCAUCAUCUGGAGUUGGUGUUUCUGGUGGAUCUGUUGAAUGGAUCAAAUUGAAUAUUGAUAAUCAAAGUCUUUAUGGUCGAUUCUUAUCUGAUGCAGUCAUCGAUUACACAGUAACACCAAUUCGGAAUGUAAUCAUUGACCAAGAUGACACCAAAUCAUCAAAUACCAAUCAAAUUCGAUCAGCAAUCGUUGGAAUCACCAUUCCAAAUUAUUUAUUCUCAGUCGAUUUGGAUCCUGACUUUUCAAAUCUCAUUGAUGUUGAUUCAAGUGAUACAUCUGACUUGAUUUGUUCAAAGAAGAAUCGAUUAUCAAAUGGAGCUAUUGCAGGUAUUGUUGUUGGAAUUGUUGUAUUUGUGAGUAUUGUAAUUGCAACAACAUUCUUUUUAGCAAAGAAAAAGAAAUUCAGAAAACAAGAAAUCAGAAUGAAAAAGAAAUUAGAAGGAAUGAACAAUAAAGAUUUAUAA